GUGGGCGCGAUGUAUCUCCGCAGGGCGGUCUCCAAGACCCUGGCGCUGCCUCUGAGGGCGCCCCCCGGCCCCGCGCCGCUCCGGAAGGACGCAUCUCUUCGCUUGAUGUCGUCUAACAAAUUGCCUGGAUCAUCUGGAUCAAAUAUGAUCUAUUAUCUGGUUGUAGGUGUCACAGUCAGUGCUGGUGGAUAUUAUACUUACAAGACAGUCACAUCAGAGCAAGCCAAACACACGGAACAUGUAACAAAUUUGAAAGAAAAAACCAGAGCAGAGUUACAUCCACUCGAAGGUGAAAAAGAGAACCGUGUGGAAGCUGAGAAAGCAAGUUCAGAAGUCCCUGAAGCAUCUUUAGUGGAAGUACAGGAGGCAGAUGCAGAAGAUACCCCGGAUGCUACAGGUGCAGCCACGAGAGAGGCUUCAGCCCGUCCAGGUGAUUUGGAGGACGCUCUGGUGGAGACAGACACGGUCGGUGCUGAAGCUGGGGCAGAGGUUACAAAUGCAGCACCCAGCACAGUGGCAGAAAUCAGCACUGAAAUGCCCUCAGAGGUUCAGAAUGCAGCUUUGGAUGAAGCUGUUGCCAUCAGUAAUGAUAAAGGGAGAACAGAGAAGGAACGCUCUGGUGAAACUGCUGAACUGGAAGAAGAGAGUCCUCCAGCUGAGUCAGAAUCCUCUGCUGGGGAUGAUUUACAGGAGGAAGCCAGUGUUGGUUUUGAGGCGGCCUCUGCUCAAGGCUGAUCUCAUGCUGAGUGACACCUCAGUGAAAAAGGCCAUAGAGUAUCUGAUAGGUGCUUUUGUAGUUUCAGUAAUCUUAGUUUUAAAAUAGGCUUCUUUUCUAGAAAUCUUUAAUGUGCCUUGAAGAUUUUUGGCAUCUACUGGUAGAUUUCAGGAUUGAGAGAUUUGAGACUUUACAUGUCUGAAUAGUUUCCUACUCUCUGAGUUCAGAACAUGACAUUGCAGUAAACAGCUUAAAGAGUUCCAUCUCUGAAUUUAAGUUUUACAUCAUAGCAGUAGAGCUACCUGCAUUCACUUUAAUUUUGCUAGACCUGUACCUUAUUUUAAUGUUUGUGAUUCUAGAUUCUUGAGUUUUGAUUUGAACUCAUUUAAAUAAAAUUGGAAAAUCUUCA